AUGGGCAGACUACAAAAAGAAACCUGGCAAGGCAAGACUGUUUACAACCAGAGUCAAAAGGAUAUCCUCCAAGGGGGGCCUGGGUGGCUCACAUCGUUUGAACAAAACCCUUAUGCUGAUAAAGCUACCAGGAAACAAUGGGGCAAGGAAAUUGGCAUUCCAGAGUAUGAAACCCAGGAACAAAAUCAGCUGCCUCGGUCUCAAGAAUACUUACCAAAAGCAGCCAGAGAAGACUGGACAUCCAUCACAAGACCUCAAUCACAUAUCCUACUUCAAGCUUUUGAGAGGAACCAAUUCCCUGAUAUUACAACCAGGAAAAAACUGGCUAAAAUAACAGACAUUCAGGAAUCAAGAAUUCAAAUGUGGUUUCAGAAUUAAAGAUCUCUAUACCCAAGGCAGAGAAGUGAGUCCAUGAAUUCCUUGGCAGACAGCCCAAAUGAACCAAACAUUUCUACCUGCUCCUCUCCCAUCCCAGGAGUCCUCUGUCUCUUGUGUGAACCAAGGACCAAGCGUCAUGAUGGUACAGCCCAUAAAGACUAUGCAGAGAGAAUUCUCUACUCUCCUCGGAAUUACCGGCCAAUACCAUCAACUCUGCGAGUCUCAGAUACUCAGGCUCCUUUCCGGCCGCCAAAGCAAGAAAAGUGCCAGAAUCACAAAGAAUAGAAGCACACAGGAGUACUACAGUUGAAGGACUACUCUCAGCCUCAUCCUAAGCACCAAAACCACCAACUGCAGGAUCUGGGGCAGGAGACAUAUAUUCUGCAAUGGUGGGAUGAAAUCUGCCAGACUCUGAUUGCAAAGUGGGAUCCUCGAGGAGGGACACACUGA